UGUAAAACAUAAGCAACUCACAUGAGCUGCGUAGUUCCCACUCCGUGGUUUCAGACGUUUUAAGCAUUUAAAGACCCAAUAUCCUAAUGGAAGCGUGAUAUUUUCCGUGUAGCGUGGCCACAUGUAAAGCUCCCAUUGGAAACUGGGAAAAAUGAAGGCUGACGCAAAAGUGGAGUAUCUGAUUGUCGAUACUAGUGCAUUUAUUAGAAACGCAGCUAUACAGGAUAUCGCUGAAAACGUUAUAACUCCUCAAGAUGUUGUUAAUGAAAUAACCAACAAGCGACAGCUCAGAAGACUCGUUGUUUUACCUUACGACUUGAUUAUUAAAGAUGUCUUUCCAGAGAACAUUCAUUUUGUUACCGAAUUUUCUAAAAAGACUGGAGACUACCGCAGUCUUUCGGCAACUGAUAUUAAGGUGAUUGCCUUAACUUAUCAGCUUGAGAAAGAAAAAGUUGGACCUCAACACUUGAAGGAUGUACCUAUAACACCUGUAAAGCCCAAUAUCAGCAUCAAUCUCCCAGAUAAUUACUCGCAUAAUGUGGCCGGAUUUUUUUUACCUGACAAUGAUAAACAAGGUACUGAAAAAGAAACUGUGGAACACUGCACUUUUAACCAAAAUGAAGACACAAAAGAUCUAGAUUUGCAUAAUAAAUUGAACACGGUAAUCUUGCUGAAAAAUGGAAGCGCAGAUUCUACCUCUGAAUCGGACGAUUUGUCAGAAUACUCAUCAAUUUCUGAUUAUGAGACAGCAACCUCCGACUUAGAAAACAUAGAGAAAGAUAGUUUACCUGAUAAAUUUUCUGCUUUGAAAUGCAAUCCAGAAGAUUUGGAAUUGGAUAAUGGCAAAGACGUUGACGAUAUUCUUCCAGCUGAAAAUUGUGAAGAGUUUACUGAUGAGGACCAAGAAAUUGAAGAGAGUGAAAGUGAAGAUGACAACGAUGAGGGUUGGAUUACACCUCGGAACAUUGUGAAAGUCAAGAAAGAUAUGGAUGCAGAUAUUCAAGAAGAAAAACCAGCUAAAGUUGCCUGCCUUACAACCGAUUUCGCUAUGCAGAAUGUUUUGAAACAAAUUGGCCUCCAAGUCGUUAGCUUGGAUGGGAGAGUAAUUAAGCAGCUAAGAACAUUCAUACUAAGGUGUUACACGUGUUUCAAGACUACUAGCAUCAUGACCAAAGAGUUCUGUCCCAACUGUGGAAAUAAGACUUUAAAAAAAGUCGCGGUCUCACUAGAUGAAAACGGCAAACAACAGAUCCAUAUUAAUCACAAAAGACCACUUACGGCAAGGGGGAAAAAGUUCUCGCUACCUACACCACAGGGCGGAAAACACGCCAAUAAUCCAAUUUUAUUUGAAGAUCAGCCCAGGCCUGAUCAGCGGCCGUCUAGAUUAGCACGAACAAAAAAUGAUCCUCUAAACGAUGAUUACGUAGCUGGCUACUCACCGUUUGUAAUGCGUGAUAUUAACUCAAAAUCUGCUAUGCUCGGUAUAAGAUCCGGAACAGAUAUAAAGCACUGGAUGAGAAAAAAUCCAAAUCAAGCCAGGAGAAAACGGAAGUAAUCUCACUACAAACAAUUCAGUGUUUUCGAAGUAAUGUUGCAUAUCCAGUUUCUACGAAACCAUGCUAUUUGUUUGGGCCAAAAAAUUCAUUGCGAUGAGACAGAUUAUUAGAUGCCAUUAGAGGACACUA